AUUUCUGUGGCUAAUUUCUGUGGCAAAUCAUUGCUUUCUCAACUCUACAUGCGUUGGUUUAUCCCGUCAUGUAUGAAAUACAUGUCCAUCAUACGAUCCCACCCAACCCAAGUGUUAUUCAGUGGCUUAAAUUUUCUUCUUGAUUUUGGGAUAGAAACAUAUGAUCUGCUCAUAGGAAUAGAUAUAAUAUUCUAUUAAUUUCUCCCAAUUCCUGAAGCACUUAUCCCUUACCACCCCCAACAUUUGAAUACAGUGCACGCUUUUUCUUAAUAAUUAAUAUCAGCACGAUCCAAAAUGACUCAACUACCCGAAACUCAAUGGGCACAAGUAAUCGAGAGACCUGGCUCUGGAGUCGUCUACAAACGAAUCCCCGUCCCCAAACCCGGGCCCGACGAAGUCCUCGUCAACAUCAAAUACUCAGGCGUCUGCCACACAGAUCUACACGCCCUGAAAGGGGACUGGCCACUCACAGCCAAGUCACCGUUAGUAGGUGGCCAUGAGGGCGCAGGCGUCGUAGUCGCGAGAGGCAGCCUUGUCACUGACGUCGAAAUCGGCGAGCAUGCUGGCGUAAAGUGGCUUAAUGGGUCAUGUCUUGCCUGCGAAUUCUGUCGUCAAUCCGACGAACCACUGUGCGCCAAUGCCUUACUUUCGGGGUAUACCGUAGAUGGCACGUUUCAGCAAUAUUGUGUUGCUAAAGCAGCGCAUAUCUCGAGGAUCCCGAAAGACGUUCCCCUAGACGCUAUUGCUCCUAUUCUAUGUGCGGGAAUCACGGUCUACAAAGGGUUAAAGGAGUCAGGGCUCAGGCCUGGGCAGACUGUCGCGAUCGUGGGAGCUGGUGGUGGAUUGGGGUCGCUCGCUCAGCAGUAUGCAAAGGCAAUGGGGCUGCGAAUCAUUGCCAUUGAUGCAGGAGAGGAGAAAGAGAAGAUGUGCCGAGAACUAGGGGCAGAAGUAUACGUUGACUUCUCAAAAAGCAAAGAUCUCGUCCACGACGUCCAGGCCGCGACCAAAGACGGCUUUGGACCGCAUGCCGUUCUCCUACUUGCCGCCUCAGAAGGGCCAUUUCAGCAAGCAGCAAGCUAUGUUAGACCUCGCGGCUCACUCGUCGCUAUUGGAUUGCCGGGAAAUGCGUACCUCAAAGCUCCUGUUUUCAGCACUGUUGUGCGGAUGAUAAAUAUCAAGGGCAGUUACGUCGGAAACCGACAGGAUGGGGAUGAAGCGAUUGAGUUUUUCACGCGUGGUCUAAUCAAUGCGCCGUUCAAAACGGUUCCGCUGUCGGAGCUAGGGGAUGUGUUCGAGGCAAUGGAACAAGGCAAAAUCGCCGGGCGUUAUGUGCUGAAAAUGCCCGAGUAGGAGGAAUUAUGACUGGAUUUACUUUACAAAACAAAUAAAUGAAUAUCAAUCAAUUGAUUGAUGUGACAAAUAAGAGCCUCUAAUUUCUAGGUAGCAUAUUAAUAAAUAAAUAAUAGUUUAUGAUCAGAUGCCAAA